GUGAUGCAACCUCGCUACUAGUCAGAAUCCCAAGCAACGAGGCGGAGAGAGGAGCUUUGCUCGCCUGGGCAGCAACAGCGGCAGCAGCAGGGUAGGCGCCGCCUCCGCUUCCAAGUCGUCCGGCUCCGAUAUCACCUCCCCAACUCCAGCCUUAGCUCCGGGAGAGGCGCCUUCUUCUCUCAGCUCCCGACAGCCCGAGCCCCGCGCCCUGCGCGGACUGUCAGAAAGCGAGGAGGCAGGGGGGAGAGAAAGGAAGCAAAAUGAUGCUUCAACAUCCAAGCCAGGUCCCUGCCUCGGAAGUCAGCGCAACAGCCAUUGUUCCCUGUCUGUCACCUGCUGCAUCUCUGGCGUUUGAAGAUUUCACAACCCUUACCCCCCUCGUCAAGGAAGAGCUGAGGUUUGCCAUCCAAAACAAGCAUCUCUGUCACAGGAUGUCUGCUACAUUGGAGUCCGUCACAGUGAGCGACAGGCCUAUUGAGAUGUCCAUCAUGAAAGCAGAGUUUGCUCCUGAAGAGGAUGAAAGGAAAAAGAGAAGAAGGGAAAGAAAUAAAAUCGCAGCUGCAAAGUGCAGAAACAAGAAAAAGGAGAAGACAGAAUGUUUGCAGAAAGAAUCAGAAAAGCUGGAAAGUGUGAAUGCUGAGCUGAAAGCCCAGAUUGAAGAGCUCAAGAAUGAGAAACAGCAUUUGAUAUACAUGCUCAACCUCCAUCGGCCAACAUGUAUUGUCCGAGCUCAGAAUGGGAGGACACCUGAAGAUGAGAGGAAUCUCUUUAUCCAACAGAUAAAAGAAGGAACAUUGCAGAGUUAAACAGACACGAUAUGGAGGCGAUUGAGGAAACCUCCUUUACUUCACUUCUAUACCAAGAAACCCGAAGCUAUCGGAGAUCUAACUUUCUCUGCACUUCUAGGAUCCUAGUAACCAAGAGCUGUCCAGGAGGCCUUGCUAAGCACAAGGAAUUGUUAGCUAAGCUGUGACUUUCUCAAAUCCAAGGAGUUGGCUUUUGGUCUAAGGGAAGAAAGUCUUGGGCCCCCAACUCUAGGUCUUUAGGACUUGACAUCUUUGCUGUUCCUAGAAGCUGCAGACAAGCCCUCCAGAUGGGUUAGUGUCCUGCUAGUGUCCAGUACCUGUAUUUGUCUUUGAUGAUACGAACUCUGGCUUUCAGUGAUAGAUGUCAGCAGUAUGUCUGGGUGUGGGGGUGGGAUUGAGCCUGCCCUCCAUUGACCGCUGAUAGGUAAAGCAGACUUACAGUGGGGUUUAUCAGUGUUUUGCAGUGGCCAGGGAUAUGCUUUCUAGCCAAAUGUGCUGAUAUGUUACAGGAAUUACUGUACUCGGAGGCCUUCGUUUUCAAACCUAAGCAUUGUACUUACUCCCUCUUCUCCCCCCUCCCCUUUUUUUCAUAACACUUGUGCAGAUUUUCCUAUGACUCAUCUCAGAUCGGGAUUAUGAGGGGUUUGGGCACUUGUCCCUAACUUCAUCUUCUUGUAAAACACUCAGUAACUGAGUUAGCAUUUUAGCGCAAUGGGCAGUGGCCCUGUGAUUGCUGCUUUGCCCCAAAGGAGAAAGCCCUUUUCUUGCUGAACAGACAAUAUACCAUGAGCAAAGCUAAUGGGUAUUAUUUAAAAGAAGUCUAGUGUGAACCCAGUUAUGAUGGUUAUAAAAACAUUUGAAAAAAAGCCAUGUAACCUGCAAAGGAUUAGACUUCUCAGCUAUUAACUUAGCUUGUGAGUGACUUCCAGGGCUGGAACCGUCAAAUAUUCUUUUCCUUUUCUCAUUGCUGACUGCAGUCAUUGUUCAAAGCCUGAUGAAAUUUAGGAUUUAGUGACAGUGAUAUUAAUAAUAUACAUUUUUUUUGAUUAUCAAUUUUUUUAAAAAAAAAUUUGAACCCAGGAUGUUUGCAAUUAUGAGUAGAUCUCUUGGUCAAAAGUAUCCCAGUUACUGUCUAACUGUUAAAAUUCUGAUGUUUCUGUGAAAUCCUCAGAUUGUUAAAACUUAUUCAAUAUUAUCAUUACAGUUUUCUGUAACAGGAAUAUUAUCUUAUUUAUCCUAAUAUUCUUAACCAGUCAAUCUAAUAAACCAUAUGACUGAAAAUGAAUAAUAAACAUAAGUGUUGUGUUAGUUUCAUUUCAUUUGUUGUGUUAGUUUCAAUUAUUGGAAUGUUCUAAUUUGGUCAAUUCCCCUCAUCGUUAUUCUGAAGGAACACUACUACCAGAAAUGAUUUACUUCAAAGUCUGCAAUUCUGUUAGCAGUAAAGAUACAAUAUAUCUACAAAUCAAAGAGAUACUUCAACUACCAACAUCUCUCAAGUCAAUAGUGCCUAAAGAGUGAACUUUUUCAACCAUAUCAAAGAUUUUUAAAAUUUUGGCUUCUAGAACAGAACAUCUUACUAUACUUGAAUUGGAUGUAUCAUGAUAUCUUAUUUUUUAUAGAUAAAAGCAUUUCAAUGUGUCCAGAAUGGAGGGAAGGACAUUGAUUUACAAAGAGGGAAAAGAUGGUUGUCAUCAUGGUGCAAGGAAAAGUCAUUAGACUUUUGGGAGGAAGGAUGUCCAGUUUGUAAUGUUGGCUUUGUCAUUAAAAGUCCAGGUGAUCUCAAAUAAGUCAGUUUAGCUCCUGAAGACUCAGUUUCCUUAUAAUAAUAAUAGCUGACAAUUAUGUAGUACUUACUAUAUGCUAGGGAAUUUUAAAUUAUUGUGUCAUUUGAUUUUUAUAACAACCCUGCAAGGUAGGUGAUCAACCUAGCAUCACACAGCUAUUGACAGCAAAUUUGAAUUCAGGUCUUCCUGGUUCUAGGCCUGGUGCUUUAUCCACUGUACUACCUUGCUUCCCCACUGGUAAAAUGAAGAGAUUGGACUAUAUGAUUUUCAAGGUCUCUUCCAGCUCAGUUCUUCCCAUGAUUCAAUGAAAUCCAGUCAUCUCAAAUAAAAACGUGCUCAUCUCAUGUUCACUGGCAAGCCAACAAUUUUAUACUUUGGUAAUAGAACCCAGUUAGUCUUCUUGGCCCCCAUUUGUAUAAAACAUUUAGCCAGAAAUUUAAAUCAGUCAUUAAAUUAAAUUACUGUUGAUUGGUAUUGAUGCUGGGAGAGUCUUUUGUGAAAGGUUAAAUGAAUUCUUGUAUCUUGGCUAGGGUAUGGUAUCACAGAACCUGAGUUGGUCUACUGGUCUAUUGAGUGACCCAAGAAAUGUCACUUAAGCUCUAGGUCCCAGUCUCUUCAUGUGGUUUGAAAGGGUUGGAGCAAUUCUGCCCUUUUCAGCUCUAAACCCUAGGUUUCUAUCAUCAAGUCCCUUAACUUUGGGCUGAGAUUUCUGGUUAGUGCAUCAUUUGUAAUGUAGGCAUCAUAUUGUUGCUGUUUCCUGUUGCCCAGCAGUAUUUUCAAAAUCUGUUCAUUGCCUAAAGGAUCAAGGAACCUCACUUUUGUCUUAAGCAAAUCUGCUUUACUUUUUUCCUCUUGAGUUGGGUGUUAGGCUAUCAGAAAAAGCUGGCUGUAUCAGUGACUGGACAAGGCUCAGACGUCACAGAACUAGAGUUAAUCAGUAAACUGCCCAGAAUAACAAUAGGUUGUGAGGAGAGAAAGAAACAGUCAUCACUAAGGAGAUGGGAAGAAAUAGAGGCCAUUUAGUGUAUCUUUUAAGGAGACUUUUAACAAAUGCAUGAAAAAAUGUUUUGUUUUUUAUUCUUGUUGGUUAUAUUUUGAAAUUUUAAUAAAAAAAGAAUUUGCAGUUA